UGGUAGUGUUCAUCGCUCUCAUCCACACACGCUUCCUCUCCCUCGAAGCGAUCAUGGGUGUGAUCGAGCAAGCUCACGGCCGAGAGGUCUUCAGUUUGCUUCGAGUGAAGUCGCAGAGAAGUAACCCGUCCGAGGAGAGGAUCGCGUGGUUGCACGAUCAACUCAUCGGCAAAGAUUUGGAGUUCGACACCCCCUUCGGCAAACGCAGCCUUACUUACGCUGAUCACACCGCAUCGGGGAGGAGCUUGCAUUACAUCGAGAACUAUAUCCUGCAACAAGUCCUCCCUGUUUAUGGAAACACGCACACGGAUGAUAGCUUUGUGGGGAGCAAAACAACGAGAAUGGCGCACAAGGCGGCGGAGUACAUCAAGCGGUGCAUGGGUGGAGGGCACGAUGAUGCGAUCAUAUUUUGUGGCGCGGGAUCCUCCGCCGCCAUCAAGCGCCUGCAAGAGGUGAUCGGCAUCGCGAUGCCUUCCAUCAUGAGGGACAGGGUGGUGGAGGAGCUGAGGGAGGAGGAGAGGUGGGUGGUGUUCGUCGGGCCGUACGAGCACCACUCCAACCUACUGUCGUGGCGCCAGACCACGGCCGAGGUGGUGGAGAUCGGCAUGGACGACGAGGGGUUGCUCGACAUGGACGCCCUGAGGCUUCAGCUGAUGUCUCCCAAGUACGCGAACCGCCCGAUGCUGGGGUCGUUCUCGGCCUGCAGCAACGUCACCGGAAUUUUCACCGACACGCGGUCCGUGGCUCGUGUUCUUCACGAGCACGGGGCGUUCGCGUGCUUUGACUUCGCAGCGAGUGGCCCGUACGUGGAAAUCGACAUGCGAUCGGGAGACGUGGAAGGGUACGACGCGGUGUUUCUGAGCCCGCACAAGUUCGUCGGAGGCCCUGGGACUCCUGGAAUUCUCCUGAUGAACAAGGCUCUGUAUCAGCUGAGGUCUUCCCCGCCCUCCACUUGCGGCGGUGGCACCGUCGCCUACGUCAAUGGCUUCGACGAGAAGGAUACGCUGUACUACCACGAGAUCGAAGAGCGUGAAGACAGCGGAACUCCUCCGAUCAUCCAAAAGAUCCGAGCUUCAUUGGCCUUCUGGGUGAAAGAACACGUCGGGCACGAUCUCAUCGCCCUCCGCGAGCAAGUCUACACCGAGACAGCACUCCGACGGCUUCUCUCGAACCCAAAUAUCAUCGUCCUCGGCAACACGACAGUCAAACGGCUGCCCAUAUUCUCCUUCCUCGUCGUCCCUCCGGGAGGUGGCUCAGGUGGCACCAUGCGUGAUGGAACAGGAAGAGAUCAGAACAGGUGGGUAGAGGGGUUGAAGAUGAAAGGGAAACCCCUACACGGGCGCUUCGUCACGAAGCUACUCAACGACCUCUUCGGCGUCCAGGCUCGUGGUGGGUGCGCCUGUGCCGGUCCCUACGGCCACCAUCUCCUGGGAGUAGACAUGGAGCUUUCUCUUCGCAUCCGGUCGGCUAUUCAUGAGGGAUACAGCGGACUGAAACCCGGAUGGACCAGGAUCAGCUUCUCCUACUACACGUCGAAGGAGGAGUUCGCCUUCAUCUUAGCCGCAGUCGAGUUCGUGGCGAUGCACGGGCACCGAUUCCUCCCGCUCUACCGCUUCGACUGGGCGACUGGCGACUGGAGCUUCCGCAAGCGUACGUUCAAGUACCACAUAAUGAAGGCGGAACUGGAAGUGGCCGCUCAAGAUCUCUUCGGAGACGCCGGCGUCGAGGCGAAGAGGACAAGGACAUGGAGUUCGAGGGCGGUGGAAGACGAUGAAUCCAAGACGAGCGGGGGAGGUCAGAGAUACGAGAGCUACUUCGAGCGGGCGAGGCAAAUCGCGGCUUCCCUCGCUGACCACGCAAGUUCUGGCGGCGCGGCCCCGCCUGCGGGAAUCGACCGCAGCCUGAUACUCUUCAGGAUCUAAUACUCGUAGUUAUUAUGUUGUUGGUGAAUGGCCAUCGAGACAACCCGAAGUAGUCGAAUAAGAGCAAGAGACCAUGUUUGUUCAUUUAGUAGAUGAACAGAGAGGGGUCCUCGAUGUUGUUGUAUUUGAUGCUUUGAUGUUGGCUGGCAUGUGAUGCUCGUGGUUAAAUACAUAAACACAAGUCUUUCUUGGACUUUAGCAGACGUGAAUGACAACUGUAAAAAAUCCAUGAGCGUUCAAAGUGGUAGAACAUGUUGUAAGAUACUCGCAGAAGCUUCGACUCACAGAGGG